AUGGAAUUAUCUGUAAACAUAGUCGGACAAAGCUCGAGUCCGCGAGAUGAAAUGUUCCAAAAGUGUAAGGCAGAUUGUUUCCUUCCAGGCCUGCAUGUACCAGGUGAUACGGAGCCGAAGGAGAUGAUGGAUGAGAAGCUCUACAAGUAUGCAAAAGAAGAUAGAUAUGCUGAAUUAUUUUAUGAACUGCAUAGUGUUUCAUCAGCGAAACCAUCAUCCAUCAUCUACCGACAAGUUGGCCCUUCUGGAAAUUCAUUGCUUCAUGUUGCAGCAAGCCAUGGAAGCAAAGGUGUGACAGAGCUCCUGCUUCAUCACUUUCCGUCUCUAAUCACUACGAAAAACUUCCAGGACGAUACUGCACUUCAUUUAGCGGCCAGAGCUGGACAGCCGGAAACAGCUUCAAUUCUCAUCAACAAGGCAAAAAACCAUGGAGAAGCAAACAACUUUGUUACCUUUAUGGAGACGAAGAAUGAUAGAGGAAACACCGCUCUACAUGAUGCAGUCAUUAAUUGUCACGACAAUGUGGCCCAUUUUCUGGUAUCCCAACACUUUGAACUUUCCUAUAUGGAAAACAAUGAGCAUAAGUCUCCCUUGUACCUUGCAGUCGAGAAUGUCACUGACGAGCAAAGCUACGAUAAGAUGCUAGCUAUUCUUAUGCAUGCUAUACCUGAUGAGGUGGAUUUGCUUAAAAAGCUAGAAGGAAAGUCUCCGGUGCACGCCGCUGUCGAAGGAAGAAAGAAAAAUAUAUUGGCACAAAUCGGGAAUGAAAAGCCAGACCUUUUGCGCCAGAAAGAUGAAAAGAAUGCGAAUGCACUUCACUGCGCAGCAUCCAUGGGUUGUGUUUUGGCAACUCAAUUCCUUAUUGAUAAAUAUCGUGAUGGUGCAAUCGAACAAAACAGUGAAGGCAACUUGCCUAUCCAUGUCGCUAGCAAAAAAGGACAUGAUGAUGUAGUAGGUAUAUACAUUUCCAAGUGGACUGAUCCAAAAGAAUUUCUCAACAGCAAAGGGCAGAACAUUCUUCAUGUUGCCGCAGAAAGUGGACGGUAUCAAUUGGUGAGGUGUAUCCUAAAAAGCGACGGACUCAAAGCGCUUGCAAAUGAGAAGGACAGGGAUGGAAAUUCCCCUUUGCAUUUGGCAUCAAAGAAUGGCCGACCUAGGACAACAUACACUCUAGUGCGCAACGAUAUGGUUAAGAGAGGGACGGCCAAUGGCGAAAACUUGACACCUUAUGAGGUUGCAGAUAAGCAAUCUAAAAUAGUGGAAGCUAAUUACUUAGCAGGAACGAUUGGGAAUGGGAAGGAAAACCAAGUUGAUCAAAAGAAUGACAAUGAUGCAGUGAAGCAACAACGAAACGGCAAACUAAAUUACUAUGGAGCGCUGAUGACAUUAUCGAUCUUACAUAUCUUUGAUGGCCGUAAAAAACCCAAAUUAGAAUACUUGCGUAUUCAGGGCAAGCCUCUGCCAAAAGAGGAAAUUAAGAGCAGGAUUGAGACUCUUCUUGUGGUAGCAGUACUUAUCGCUAGUGUAACAUUUGCUGGCGUACUCCAACUGCCUAAAAGGGCGAGUGACUCUGGAAGUGAAAUUUCUAACAUGACCAGGACCCUAAACAAGGGCAUAUCAGAAGAAAAUGAAGGCAUUCUAAGGGAUGUUUAUAUUUAUAUCGACUUGAUAGCCUUGAAUGCCUCGGUCAUGGCAUCGAUAAUCCUUUGUUGGGCUCAACUCUAUGAAACCAAAGUAGCAGUACUUGCAGUUUGGUUGGCAUCAAUAUUAACAGGUGGUGCUAUCUACUUGAUGUGUUUAGCUUUCACGUUUGCUGUUGCAGUUGAUGUAGGUCACAAUGUUGCCUUCUUCGUCGUCGCAAUUGUCAUCGGAGGUGGAUUUGUUUUUAUCCAAACCGCGCUUUCUAUUCCGUUGAUUAUUCCGCCGAGUGCCAACCAAAUCAUUGAAAGAAUAGUUACACCUUACAUCUAUUUCUUCCUCUUCAUCCUUUAUUUUUCACUUUCCGAGUGUUUGAUUUCUAUAUUUAGCAAAGGCAGUAAGAAGAAAGUGGAGCUACAACUAAUAACGUCUUCUUGA